CUCCACCUCUCACUACUUUUCCUCUCCGGCAAAACUGAACCAGAAAGGUGGAGUAAAAACCCAGCUUGAAGAUGGAAAGAUUGGCAGCGCUCAUUGCUCUCUGCUUCCUCUCAGCUACUCUCGUCGGCGCUCACUCCUCCGGCAACCCUUUUCUCGUGAAGGGCAAAGCCUACUGUGAUACCUGCAACUGCGGCUUUGAAACUACCGCCACCAAGUACCUCGCCGGGGCGAGGGUUCAGAUUCAGUGCAGGGACAUAAAGACCAAUGCUCUCACCUACACCAUUGACGGCGUGACUAACUCGGAGGGAGAAUACAACAUUGUGGUGAACGGCGACCGUGGCGAUGACCUCUGCGAUGUAGUUCUGAUGAAGAGCCCCGACCGGCGUUGCAGCAUCCCAAACAAAGGCCGUGACCGUGCCCGUGUCAUCCUCACCCGCAACAACGGUAUGGUCAGCGACAUUCGCUACGCCAACAACAUGGGAUUCACCAGCAAAGAGCCUCUCGCUAGUUGCGCCCAAAUCCUCGCUCCGUACCACUUGAACGACGACAAUUUUUAAGGAUCCUAGCUACUUUGUUGUGAUCCUAGGAUACUACUCUAGCUUGCUUUAUUUUGUUUUUUGUUUUAGUGAGGCUUAAAGCUAGCAUCCUUAUAUCUAUGUUAUUAUUUGUGGACCUCAAUUUAAUAGUUUGUUAAAUUGAUGUUAGUUUAAACUUGAUUUUCUCUCACUGCUCUUGCUCGGAAGAGAUUUGUUUUUCAGUAGUA